AUGGCGUCUCUAAGACUUUCCUUCACUCUAUUUUUUCUCUUGGCAGUCUUAUUGACAUUUUCUGAAGCCAACAACAACAACAGGAAACUCCUGCAAACUCCCACUAGCUACAAACCGCUGUAUUCUCCUCCUCCUCCACCGCCUUAUCGAGCUCCGGCUCCUCUUCCUCCUCCUCCUCCUCAGGUUUAUUCUCGUCCGGUUGCACUUUCUCCUCCUCCUCCUCCUCCUCCUACUCUGAUCAAUCCACCUCCGGUUACUCAUCUUCCUUCUCCUCAAGCUCAAAGAGCCUUCUACUACAGGAAAUCUCCACCUCCUCCACCUCCCUCCAAAAAGCCUUGGUGGUGGUUAUUGUAGGCGGUAAAACGUGGUUCAGGACAAGACAUUUUCAAAUGUCUUAAAACAUUAAAGAGUGAAUUACUCUUGUCUUAACUUGGCUUU